AUGAUUAACCCAAGCACUCUGGGCUCUCAGAGCACCACCCCCUGUACCACUGCCUGCACCACCCUUUCCUGGUCACUAGGCCCCCAGCUCUCUGGUAACCCCAGGGAAACUCCUGGGCUUUCUCUUUGCAAGCACCCUGACUUGCCAGCCUCUGCUUUGGCCCCUGAAGAGGAAGACCUGAGGCUCGGGACUCUUGCCCUACAGGGACAAUGCCCUCUUCUCCAGAGGACCUGGAGCCUGGGAGUGCAGAACAACACCCACGGCAGUGAGAAUCCCUGGGCAAGUGUCCUCCGAGGCCAGAGAUCAGGGUCACCAAGUCAGCAGAAGUCAGAGGACCUGGCCCAUGGCUUGAUCACAUGCUCAGCACGCACAGUCCCACUGGUCCCAUUUUAUCCUCUCCUCUCAGAAAGGAAGGCAGUAGAAGCUUCCGAGCCCCAAGUCCCCUCGGGCACUGGAGGUGGAAUUCCUCUUCCCAACUUGGCUCUUCCACGCGGGGAGGAAGGGGAUCUCCCAGGUGCCGGAGACCCUAGCACCCGCGCCUCCCCCCCCACGCCCCCGCCGGCUCGUCCGCUUGAGCUGGGAGAGAGAAGGGAUAAGGAAUGGGGGCUCCGGAGGCGCCAUUGGGAGGGUCGUGGGAGGAGCCCCGAGAGGACGGGAGUGAGGGGGCGGGAGGGGAAUGACGGCGGCGAGAACCCCGGCUGGGCGGGGCGGGCCCGCGCGUCCCGGCCGGGCUGCGGCGGAGCGAGCGGGGCCAGCGCUGCAGAAGGCGGCGGCUGGCUCUCCGGGACGGUCACAUCCCGCUGCAGGGGCGGGCGGAGGCCGCCGCACUGCCUCCCGAACCGGGGACCCAGGCCAGCGUCCGGGCAACGCCCCCUGCUCCCGGACAGACUCCGUGGCCCGCCCGAGCCCUGGGGGCUCCGCAGACCCGCGCCCGCUCCGCCCGCAGCUCGGCCCCGCGCUGCCCGCGUCGCCGGGCCCGCGCCGGGAUGGGGUAGGGACAGCGCCACCGAGUCGGGCGAUGGGCCGCCCUCUGGGCACCGAGCAGCCCCCGGAGGCCUGACCAACCGCGAGGACCGGCGGAGAGCCCCGCCUGGAUGUCAAGCGGAUGCCACAGUGCCCCCCCCCAGCGGACUCCGUGGGGACAUGGCUUCGCUGGUGCCCCUUUCCCCAUAUCUAAGCCCCACGGUCCUUCUGCUGGUCAGCUGUGACCUGGGCUUCGUGCGAGCAGACCGGCCUCCCUCUCCUGUGAAUGUGACGGUCACUCACCUCAGAGCCAACUCGGCCACUGUGUCCUGGGACGUCCCAGAAGGCAACAUCGUCAUUGGCUACUCCAUUUCCCAGCAACGGCAGAAUGGCCCCGGGCAGCGUGUGAUUCGGGAGGUGAACACCACCACCCGGGCCUGUGCCCUCUGGGGCCUGGCUGAAGACAGUGACUACACAGUGCAGGUCAGGAGCAUCGGCCUUCGGGGAGAGAGUCCCCCAGGGCCUCGGGUGCACUUCCGAACUCUCAAGGGUUCUGACCGGCUACCUUCAAACAGCUCAAGCCCAGGUGACAUCACAGUGGAAGGUCUGGAUGGAGAGCGGCCACUGCAGACUGGGGAAGUGGUCAUCAUUGUGGUGGUGUUGCUCAUGUGGGCUGCUGUAAUUGGGCUGUUCUGCCGUCAGUAUGACAUCAUCAAGGACAAUGACUCCAACAACAAUCCCAAGGAGAAGGGAAAGGGGCCGGAACAGAGUCCUCAGGGAAGGCCAGUGGGGACAAGACAGAAAAAGUCUCCAUCUAUCAACACCAUCGAUGUUUGAGUGAAGAAACACACCCAGAAGAGAGAUGCACUAACAACUGGGGAUGGGGAUGGGGUCAGGGAGAGCCCAAGAUGGUGAUCUGCCCGAGACUCCCAGAGGGUAAUGCCACUCCCACAAUCUCAGGCCUGGUACCCAUCCUCUUUCCACUGUGAGCAGAGCCAGAAGGUAGGUCUGUUCAGAGUCUGUGCCCCUGGACCUGGGGAGUGGAUAUCAGAUGGGAUAUCUCCUUCCAUUCCGCGGUCCAGGGGAGAGUCACUUGUUGUACCCUACUCCAUUAGGUCCCAAAUGGGGGCCCCAUUUCACCUGUAUCAGGACUCUGAGCAUCCCCAGCUGCCCCACAUCUUGCCUCUGGGCCUCAGACAGGGGUGUUUCUGUGGGUACUCCUCUUACCCCAGCAAAUAAAAGGAAUUGUCUGACCCUAGAGGCAGAUGCUGCACUGCACUACUCCAAUGUCUUCCAUGGAGCCUCAGGUGCUCCCCCUCUCACCUGGCAGCCCCUUCAGCUGCUAGUGAUCUCACUCGUUGGACAUUUUUCCAAUAAAGGUUCUUGGACAAACUGGA